AUGCCGCGGGUGGUGUCAGCCCGGUUUGAGAGUCCAAAAUUGGAUCUCGGUUCCCAGCUCGCCAGCCGGGAGCGGGAUCGGUGCCGACUCACGGGCUCUCCCGGUACCGGUGGCACCUGCAGCCGGGCUGAGUCACCGCGCCCGGAGCCUCCUGCCAGCUCAGCGCCUUCCGGUACCGGCACCGCAGCCCCGGUCCCCGCAGGGUCCUACGGGAUCAGCACCUCCCGGUACCGGUACCUGCAGGAUCCUACCGGAUUUGCACCUCCCGGUACCGGCAUCUCGGUCCCCGCAGGGUCCUACGGGAUCAGCAUCUCCCGCACUGGUACCAAACCCUGUGGGAUCCUACCGGAUCGGCACCUCCCGGUACCGGCAGCCCCGGUCCCCGCGGGGUCCUACCGGAUGGGUACCCCCCGGCAUCAGCCGAAGCAGAUCGGCAUCUCCCGGUACCGGUACCAGCAUUUCGGUCCCCGCAGGAUCCUACUGGAUCAGCGUCUCCCGGUACCGGCAGCCCCGGUCCCUGCGGGAUCCUACCGGCUCGGCAUCUCCCGGUACCGGUACCGGCAGCCCCGGUCCCCGCAGGGCCCUACCGGAUCGGCAUCUCCCGGUACCGGCCGCCCCGGUGCCGACUCACGCCCGAUGGAGCCCGCGGAGCCUCCUUACCGGGUCGGACCCUGCAGGCGCUCCCGGCCGUGCCGGCGGUGCGCGGCCCCUUUAAGGCGGCGCAGCCCCAGCGCCGCAGUCCCCGCGCGGCCCCGCCCGCGCAGCCAAUCAGAGCGCGCGCCGCUGCCGCCGGGGGCGGGGCCUAAGAGAGCCACGCCCCUUUCGCAAAGGGAGGGGGAGUGGGGUCCCAACCCCGCGGGACCGGGAGGGAGCUCCCCCCGCCCCCCCCGGAGGGGAUUGGGCCCCAAAAGAAAGGGCGAGUCUCGCACCGGGGGCUCAGGGGACCCAAAAAGGACCCCCUGA